CUUCCCGCCACUGCUGCCAGCCACGGGAAGCAGACAGUGUGUGGAAGCAGUGUGUCGGAGUCAGGAGUCAUUGCUGCUACGGCUCAGCGACAGCUACCUGCCCCACCAUGGGCUCACAGGCCCCAUCCCCAGAGCCCAUGCAGACCUUCAUCUUCUUGGACCUGGAGGCCACUGGCCUGCCCUUCUCUCAGCCCAAGGUCACGGAGCUGUGCCUAUUGGCCAUCCACAGAUGUGCCCUGGAGAGCCCCCCCACCUCUCAAGGGCCACUUUCCAUGGUGCCCCCACCACCCCGUGUGGUGGACAAGCUCUCCCUGUGCGUGGCUCCGGGGAAGACCUGCAGCCCUGCAGCCAGUGAGAUCACAGGACUGAGCACAGCUGUACUGGCAGCACAUGGGCGUCAACGCUUCAAUGACAACCUGGUCAACCUGCUCCUAGCCUUCUUGCAGCGCCAGCCACAGCCCUGGUGUCUCGUGGCACACAACGGUGACCGCUAUGACUUCCCCUUGCUCCAGGCAGAGCUAGCCAUGCUGGGCCUUGCCAGUGCUCUGGAUGGUGCCUUCUGCAUAGAUAGCAUUGCUGCCCUAAAGGCCCUGGAACAAGCCAGUAACCCCUCAGAACAUGGCCCAAGGAAGAGCUACAGCCUAGGCAGCAUCUACACGCGCCUGUAUGGGCAGGCCCCGCCAGACUCACACACAGCCGAGGGUGACGUCCUAGCCCUCCUCAGCAUCUGUCAGUGGAAGCCACAGGCCCUACUGCAGUGGGUAGAUGCUCACGCCAAGCCCUUCAGCACCGUCAAGCCCAUGUAUGGGGUCACAGCCUCUACCGGGACCAACCCAAGAUCAUCUGCUGUCGCAGUCGCUGCACCCCUGGCCACAGUCAGAAACACAAAUCUCUGCACUGGUGAGAGCAGGAGACCUAAGGUUCUUUCUCCAGUGGAGGGCCCUGAAGCCCCACCCAAAGAGGGGUUGCUUGCCCCACUGGGUCUUCUGGCCUUCCUGACCUUGGCAGUAGCCAUGCUGUAUGGACUAUCCCUGGCCACACCUGGGCAGUAGGUCAAGAAUGAAAAUCUGACUAAUAAAGACUCCCCUAGCACUGA